AUGCACACAGUAGGUUUUGAACAUGGUUUGAAACAACGAAAUUAAUCAGAAUAAAAUUUUAGAAGAAGCACUAAUUUUAAACAAAAUUCAAAUAAAAAAAAAGAUGUUACAAACUAGUAAUAAUUGAACAUUAUUUAUUUGCAAUUCACGAACACAUUACUGUUUUACAGGUUUGGCAAAUUUUUGCACUAAAUUUGUGUUUCUUCAAACUGUCUUGGCAUUCCGUUGCAAACGCGCGCUGAUUUCUACUCAAAUCUUAUUUUUUCGGAAUUUUUCGUUUUCCGACUUUUAGUGACAAAUUUCUAUAAUUUUUCCUUUAAACUCCGGCUUCAUUGUUGUUGUAAAAUGGGAGUCCUUACUUUAUGUUAAAUUUUGAAUUUUUUAAUUGUUUUAAUCGGUUUUUUAAAGUUUGGAAAUAUUAGGGUUUUUUCGUGUUUUCAGUCCUAGUUUACAAGUUAGCACUUAUCAACUCACAGCUUUGAUUUAGAUUAACAUGACGGGCCAGAAGUACACUGUCAAAAAGUAUGGGACAAUGACCCACGAUGACUACACUAACAUCACAAAAAUUGGAGAAGGUACGUGUUUUGUGCCGUUUUGUUAUUUAGAUAUAUGUGUAAACAGUUUUGAGCUAGCAGCAAGUUUUUUAAUUUUAUUUUGUCACGACUUAAUAACAACAUUUAUUGGUAGACGUAAUCAAGAAUAUAAACUUUCAGGAACGUACGGCGUUGUUUACAAAUCUAAGCUUAAAGCUACCGGAGAGAUUAUUGCCGUCAAGAACAUUAGAUUGGAAAAUGAAGACGAAGGAGUGCCAACUACAACCAUCCGUGAGGUCACUACGUUGAUCGAGCUCAAACAUCCGAAUGUGGUCAGAUUGAUUGAUGUUAUUAUGACUGACAAAACACUUUCUUUGGUGUUCGAGUAUCUUUCGAUGGACUUGAAGAAGUACCUCGACAUGCUUCCGGAUCACAAGUUUUUGGACCCAGAAUUGAUGAGAUCGUACAUGUUUCAGGUAUUAUUUGAUAUUUUUUAAUGAUUAAUUGUUUUCCAUAUUUGACAAUAAGUUUUAAACUUUUCUAUGUGUUAUGUUUUGUUUAGUAUAACUUAUUUUAUACCUGCAGAUUUGCCAAGCAAUGUGCUUCUGUCAUCAACGUCGUAUUGUUCACCGUGAUCUGAAGCCUCAAAACAUUUUGAUUAACGAUGAAACACAAGUAGUGAAGAUUGCUGACUUUGGGCUGGCUCGAGCCAUUGUCAUUCCAGUGAGAGUGUACACUCACGAGGUCGUGACCUUGUGGUAUCGGUCUCCAGAAGUUUUGAUGGGAGCUCCACGGUACAACUUGGGAGUGGACAUCUGGAGCGUUGGAUGUAUCUUUGCUGAGCUUGUUCGCAAGAAGCCCAUCUUUAACGGGGAUUCUGAGAUUGAUCAGUUGUUCAUGAUCUUCAGAACCUUGGGGACUCCGACUGACGAAACUUGGCCAAAUGUCAAAAAUAUGCCAGAGUACAAGAGCCACUUUCCAAAGUGGAAGAACAACAUAUUGAGGGAGAGAACAUACGAACUUCUGAAUGAAGAUGCGUUUGACUUGCUUUCGGUAAGAGCGCUUUAUACUUUAUAACCUUAUUGGGGUUUUAUCUUACACUACGUAUAACAACAUGGUCUAAACGUUAAUAAUUUUUGAGACUUUUUUCCAAAGUUUAAAAACUUAUUAAAAAUACCGUUUUAGCAAAUGUUCGUGUACGAACCGAUCUAUCGCAUCUCGAUGCGUGAUGCCCUGCACCACAAGUAUUUCGAUGGAUUUGACACUUCUAAAGUACCGGCUGGAAAUUACCGUGGAGAAAUGAAGCUCGAGGACCGUUCUCCGGCCCCUGUUAAGUCAACUACCUCUGGUUCUAAACCAGCCUCUUCUGAGAAACCGUUCUCCGCUCGCAACACUCUCAACUUUUAA